AUGGGGAAGGGCCUAUGGAUCGUCUGCUUCUGUCUGUGCUUCUCCCCGGCUGCCGCGCGAAUCUGGGCCUGGAUGCUCAAUAUGCCCUACAGCCCCCCGGAGGAACGCCCUGCCCCCCACGGGGCCGCCGCCGCCGCCUCAGCCCCCACCGCGCAGUGUGACCAGGACCGGGCGUGUGGGCGGGGCCGAGCCUGCGACCGCCACUUCGGCCUGUGCGUCCCGCUGCGAGCGGAGGGCCACUACUGUCGCCGUGACGCCCAGUGCGUCCGCGGCCUCAGCUGCAUGUUCGGGAAAUGCCACCGCAGCGUGCCCACGGGGCAGGAAGGCGCCCGCUGCCAGGUGGACCGGGACUGCGGGCCGGCCAUGUGCUGCGCCCGGCACCACGGAGAGAAGGUCUGCAAACGGCGCCUGGUGGGCGGCGAGAGCUGCUACGUCCCCGUCGGCGGCCUGGCCUUCAGCAUCAACCAGAUAUGCCCCUGCGACGAAGGCCUGCUAUGUCCUAAGAAGCCCCCGUCCCUUUCAGAUGCUAAUCCGAGUGGGUUCGGACCGUCAGACCAUCUGGAGCUCCUGUUGUGUUCCGGCUCUCAGGACAUCGUGGUCCCUCUGAGAUCCGUUUACCGCGUCCGUCAUUCAGCCCGGCCCGGAGGACAACAGUCUGGGACGGAGAUCGCAUUUCAAAGAUGUUAA